CAUCAGCAGUUGGAGCGAGCAGAUCUUGCAGCCAAAAGAAGCUUGCUUCCCUUCCUACACGCAUUCCGUGUUCUUCACUUUCUUUGUCUCUCUGUUGAGAGAGAAAUUUUUUACGGCCAAAAACAAGAGCGGAGAAAGAGAUGAAUGUAGGAAAAGAAAAAGAAGAGAAGAAGAGAAUAAGAUCAACCCAGAAAAAUUCACCAUGAAAGCUCAGAGUCAUCAUCAUCAUCAUUUCAGUUUCUUUUUGAUUCUAUUAUUAUUGACCAUAUCAGCAUCAUCGUCUCCUCCUUCUCUACCCAAAGCUGAAACUGCAACUACUGGCCCCAAAACUCAGAGAAGAAUCCUCCACCAGCCUUUAUUCCCAGCUAACUCAGCCCCACCACCGGAGACAGACUCAUCAUCACCACCGCCUCCGCCUGACAACCAGGUUUUCCCCACUCCAGACCAACCCUUCUUCCCUGAGGUCCCAACUGGACCGACCCCGGAUCAAAGUCAACCCGCAACAGCGUCACCAGCCAAUGGCACCAUUCCAAUCCCAACAGCAACUCAACCAGCCAAACCGGCUAAGAAAGUGGCGGUUGCGAUCUCGGUUGCGAUUGUCACUCUGGGAAUGCUAUCGGGUCUCGCAUUCUUUUUAUACCGCCACCGGGUUAAGCACCCAAGCGAGACUCAGAAACUCGUCGGAGGCAAUUCUCAAAGACUCGCAAAUGAAUCUGUAGUACCCAACUCAAGUGUUCUUUACAUGGGCACUGUGCAGCCAGGCAGGACAUCGGGGGAACUAAAUGGAACAACAAAUGAAGCCAAUGUUUCUCCUUAUCGGAAGCUAAAUUCUAUCAAGACAUCGGAUCGUUAUAGGCCUAGCCCUGAUUUGCAGCCUCUGCCGCCAUUGCCUAGGCCUCCUUCACAUCAUGACAUUGACAACGAGAAUUCUCCAUCAUCUUCAGUUUCAUCGUCGGACGAGGAGAGCCACGGGACCGCAUUUUACACCCCGCAGGGCUCUUCCAUCAGCAACGAUGACGGCUUUUACACGCCGGCGGCUGUUUCGGCUUCCCGGCCGGUUGGUAAUAGCACCUGGGCGAAGCCUGCUAAUGGUCGUUCUGUUCCUCAUUCUAAAAGAACCUCUCCCAAGUCGCGACUCUCUUCGAUUUCUUCGCCGGAAAUGAAGCACGUCAUCAUACCGUCAAUAAAGCAGCCAUUACCGUCACAGGUACCACCUAAUCCACCACCAUGUCCAGCACUAACACAGGAGGAUCGUGCUGAGAAUAUUGAGCCAAGUUCGUAUUUACCCAAAAGGCCAAAAUUCUCACCACCUCCACCACCACCAAACGUGGCCAUUCUUCGAUCAUUAAACAACCAGCAAUCAAGUAAAAUUUCACCUCCACCUCCACCUCCACCUCCACCGCCACCACCGCCUCCUCCGCUGUUGACAUUAUCAACUCCAAGGAAAACAGGAUCCUCAGAAAAAGCUAAAACAAGCGUUUCUUCAACGCCUGCCACCGUGUCAUUGAAGCGACCGUCCUGGACACCAAGCCCCGGAACCAUUUCCAAGACUGGAACUCCGAGAUUUAUUGAGCAAGUCGAUAGAGUGAUCAGUUCGUCAGAGAAAACUGAUGCAGAGGAGCAGGAUGGAGCAAAGCCCAAGUUGAAGCCUCUGCACUGGGACAAAGUGAGGGCAACGUCAGACCGAGCCACAGUGUGGGACCAGCUAAAAUCCAGCUCGUUUCAAUUAAAUGAGGACAUGAUGGAGAGUCUUUUUGGCUGCAAUUCAACGAAUUCAGUUCCAAAAGAACCCACGAGAAGAUCAGUUCUGCCUCCUGUUGUGCAAGAGAACCGAGUGUUGGAUCCAAAGAAAUCACAGAACAUUGCUAUCUUGUUAAGAGCACUGAACGUGACCCGAGAAGAAGUCUCUGAAGCUCUUUUAGAUGGCAAUCCAGAAAGCUUGGGUGCUGAGCUUUUGGAAACUUUGGUAAAGAUGGCUCCCACCAAAGAGGAAGAAAUAAAACUUCGAGAAUACAGUGGUGACAGCUCCAAACUAGGGUCUGCAGAACGAUUUCUCAAGGCAGUACUUGAUAUUCCAUUUGCUUUCAGAAGAGUUGAAGCCAUGCUAUAUAGAGCCAAUUUUGAUACAGAAGUAAUAUAUUUGAGGAAAUCUUUUCAAACCCUAGAGGCAGCAAGUGAGGAACUGAAAAAUAGCCGGCUAUUUCUAAAACUCCUUGAAGCUGUUCUCAGAACAGGGAACCGGAUGAAUGUUGGCACCAAUCGGGGGGAUGCUAAAGCAUUUAAACUUGAUACACUCCUAAAACUUGUAGAUAUAAAGGGAACUGAUGGGAAGACAACAUUGCUCCACUUUGUGGUCCAGGAAAUCAUUAGAUCUGAAGGUGCAGGUACUGAUUCUACAAAUGAGAAUCCUCAGGAAAGUACACACUCCAAGUUUAGGGAGGAUGAUUUCACGAAGCAAGGAUUGCAAGUUGUGUCUGGACUUAGUAGAGAUCUCAGCAAUGUCAAAAAGGCAGCAGGGAUGGACUCUGAUGUUUUAAGUAGUUAUGUUUCAAAGCUUGAAAUGGGGCUUGAGAAAGUCAGAUCGGUUUUGCAAUAUGAGAAACUAGAUAUGCAGGGUAAAUUUUUCAACUCAAUGAAGCUGUUUCUAAGAGAGGCCGAAGGGGAAAUCACUAGAAUUAAGGCUGAAGAAAGAAAGGCUUUAUCACAUGUGAAGGAGGUCACAGAGUACUUUCAUGGGGAUGCAGCAAAGGAGGAAGCCCACCCUCUCAGGAUAUUCAUGAUUGUAAGAGAUUUCCUAACCAUAUUGGAUCAUGUUUGCAAGGAAGUGGGAAAGAUGCAGGAUAAAACAAUGAUAGGCUCCGCCAGAUCCUUCCGAAUAUCUGCGACUGCUUCACUACCAGUUCUCAACAGAUACAAUAUGAGGCAAGAUAGAAGUUCAGAUGAGGAAAGCUCUUCUCCAUAAAACCAUGUUUAUAUGCAACACAGGAACCUUUAGGAGGAUAACCAAAAUAGCUGAUACUUCAUAAUUAAAAUGGUUAUAAGAUUCAUUUUGUAUUGAAGCAGCAGCAUGGAAUAUUUGUUUUGUUUUCAUUACAGGUAAGUCAAGAGAAGCAGGAUGAUGAAGAAAAGGAAACUCAGAAAUGGUCUUUCAUUAUCUAGAAGAUCCUGGUUCAGACACAGGCGCAGUUAUUAUUUGUAACAGGAGGAGAAACACAUUUUGUAUGAGAAUUAUGUAGAUAUAAGCCAUCCACAGACCAAAUAUCACUGUAUGAUAAUAACAUUAUAAAUUUGUUGGAAGGCUUUAUCCAGUCAAGAAAGAGUCCAUUGGUGUGAACCAGACAAUAAAGUCUUUGCCUUUUAGGCCAAAAAGGAGAAAUGGGCGUGGCAAUUUUUUUUCUGAGCAGGAGAAGAAAUGAAAUACUUGGGUCGUUUAGUUUCUUGAUUUAGACCAGAUUCUAAUAAAUUUUCAAGAUAUGUGGUCUGCAUUUUUUUGAUAUUUACUAAUAAAUAAUAAUUCUCAUUUUUUGUUGGCGCUA